AUGAUGUGGCCCGUUCGUGGUGGAGGUGUCCAUGACUCCAGUACUGUAGGUGCUAGUAGUACGCUAUCUACGCCAUGUACUGUACUGGCAAACAAAGGGGACCAGGGUGCGGCCAGUGGUACGGCAUGGUACGUGCCUCGUGUCAGACCAGUCACCAGCGCCCUGCCCGCCCGGAGCCACGCCAGAAACGGCCUUGGUGCCCCCCUUGGCGGCGCGCAGUGGCACUCCGUGGCCCAGCUAAUCUCCGCCCGAACUGCAAAUUCCUCUGCUUCCAGAACCCAGGGCGUCACCGCCCGCCCAAUCACCGCCCGCCAAACGGCGUCCACGGGUGGGGGGGGGGCUCCAGGUGCCCGAGCGUCCGACAGCCCUGCGCUAUUAUUGCCAGUAGAGCAACCAGACUAG